CUGAUAAAAGCAUAGCGUUGUUGUCGUUGGUUUGUGUUAGUAUAUUGGUCUAUUUUGUUACUGUUUUAUUUUCUCUUUAAUGAACUUAUUCCUUGGGCAGUGUUUUCGCAUUUAUCAUUGUUGCCCUGUUUUUUAUUUACAUUUUUGUAUUGUACUGUAGUAAUUAUAGACAACUAAUUUGUAACGAAAAUGUCUUCACCGCUGGAGAAUCUUGAGACACAAUUAGAAAUGUUCAUUGAAAACGUGAGACAAAUCCGUAUCAUAGUAAGCGAUUUCCAACCACAAGGUCAAAGUGUACUGAAUCAAAAAAUACAAUCGCUUGUGACGGGGCUGCAAGAAGUCGAUAAACUCAAGUCUCAAGUACACGAUAUUCACGUCCCCACAGAGGUAUUCGACUACAUAGAUCAGGGCCGCAAUCCUCAGCUGUAUACAAAGGACUGUAUAGAUAAGGCUCUAGCCAAAAAUGAAGAAGUAAAGGGCAAGAUUGAUUCCUACAAGCGGUUCAAGAGUCACCUUCUUUCAGAACUCUCAAAAACAUUUCCCAAUGAAAUUGCUAAGUAUAAAGCUAUUAGAGGUGGUGAAUAGUUAAGAAAAUGUAAUAUCAAUUUAUAACUUAUUUAUAAAAAAAUAAAUUACUAGGUUUAAGUAAAAUAUUACUACUAAAAUUGAAUUUCAUACCUUAGAUAUAGAAAAUGAUGUGUUCUAACAUUGUAAUUUUUAAACAGAUGAAUUUCUUAGUUCUUAAUAUGUAUAUAAAGAACUUAGAAACUCUUUCGUUUAAAAAUUACAAUCUUGGAUCACAAUUUUUCUAUGUCUAAAGUAAAAAUUUACAAUUAAAAAAUUUAUUAUCAGAGUAAUUUUUGUUCCUAAGGCCCCAUAUGAAUUAAAUUAAUAGUAGGUUUCAGUCACAUGUUAAACUUGGUGUAUUGUUUUUUUUUUUAUUAUAAGUUAUUGAUGUAAAGGUUUAAAAUACCACAAAAUUGGUUUUAAUGUAAAUUUAAUUUAUUCCUAAAUAAUAGAUAAAAUUUUCAGUUUCUAUAAUUGCCAUGCUUGUCAAAGUAAUUUCCUACAUAAUAUUCAGUCAACUCAUAUUUUUCAAUCCAGUUUACGCACUUGAUAGUGGUGUAAUUUUAUACUUUGUUUUUCUAUACUAUUUUAAGUGUAUUAUAAUUGGAAAAAAGGCUACAUAAAAAUAAUUCAAGACUA